GUCCAGUUUCAAGUCUUUCCUAUUCCUGGGUCUGGCAGCCUCUCGGGGAGGGGCCUGGCUCAAGGUCAUACCCGGCUGUCUGCCCGCCAGUGGACUGAGCCCGGAUUCCCAGUGUCACCUGCUCCCUGGGUGGAGGAAGCCAGGUGGCGUUAGUGCCAGACAGCUGCCUAGAAGCCUCCAGGAUUCCGACCAGUCUGGCGCUGGAACCGGGAUUCUUUAAGGGAAUCCUUGAAGUGGUGUCAGGCUGAAUCUUAUUGCUCAGGAGAGCCAGUGGAGGGUUUCGGCUUCGGCCUCAGUUUACUGGGUAGGGCAUUUUAAGGCACCAAUCACCCUGCCUUCCUCUAAAUCAGUGCUUUGCAUUUUUCCACUCAGGGUAAGCAGGGUAGGGCCUGACCUUGUUUACAAAAUGAUAGUAGUUUCCUUUUAGGGAGGAUGCAUUUGUAGCUGGCACUGCAGGGAGUGUUGGCAUUUAUGGCCAGAAUUAAUGGCAGUAACAACAAAAAUAGAGUACUCCAGCCAGGUGUCCUGGCCUAGGCCUGUAAUCCUAGCUGCUUGGGAGGCUGGGGCAAGAGGAUUCCGAGUUUGAGGAUAGCCUACACAUUUUAGCAAUGCGAUUCUGCUCUGAAGAAAAGACUGGGAUUGUAGGCCUUGGGUAGAGUGCUUGUCAAACAGGCACAAGGCCCUAGGUUCAGUCCACCCUGCCAAAAAACAAAGUACUCUGACGUGGGUUGCUUGUGUAAGUGUAGUUGGAACUCACGUAGUAAGAGUAUGCAAGUCAGCUUCACAUUUUGUUUUCACAGGUCUACCUGUUUAAAAACUUCCAAAGAAAAACGUUUCUUUUACUCUGUUAAGCUAGCCUCCUGCCUUGGCCUCCCCAGUGCUGGGAUUAUGGGCGUGUACCACUAUGCCCCGCUGGAAAUACAAGAUAAUGCUGACAAAUUGAAGUCAGUCUUUUUGUUUUAUUUAUUUUGAGACAGGAUCUAGCAUAGCCUGGCCUUGAACACACAGUGUAGCCUGUGCUGGCCCCUCACUCCUCCUGACCCUCCCACCUUGACCUCCUGGGCUGUGAUUGCUGUUGUGCAGCACCACCCCUGGCUAAAAGUCAGUUUUUACUAGAGGUUGAGUUAACUUUGAUGGGGGCCUGUGUUUGCGUCUUCUUGGGAGACAGAUGUUCCCCUUGGGAUGGGUGUAUCUCCUGGCACUACGAUGAAUCAUUAGAGGUGGGGCACAGUAGUUGGAAAGGAUCCUGAAAGUAGGAUGGUUCCAAGUGGGAUAUAGGCCACCGGAAACUGGAGUGUCUUGGCACAGUGACUGGUGACCGACCUAGGUGGCAUAGGGCAGGAUUUACGGCCUGCCGUUCUAACUGGAAUCUGCUGCCUGAGCGACCUGGGAGCACAUUUAAACAUCUGGGCCUCAGUUUCUCUCAUGUUGUUUUUGUAAUACUGAGCACCAUCUACAUGUAUUAUUUUUAUAAUACUGAACACCACUUAACAGUACUAAUUCAGUAAUGAAUCUAAAUAGCUCUCAUCAGUAGAUUUCUAAAAGUUUUGUUUUGUUUUUGAGACAGUCUUGCUAGGUGGCCCAUGCUGGCCUUAAAUUUGCAGCGAUCCUACUGCUUCAGCUUUUGCUGAGAUUAUAGGCAUAUGCCUGAUUUUAAUUAGUGGAUUUCUGAUAUUUGUUGCUGUUGACUGAUAUCAUUGUAUCAGCAUGGGCAGGUGAACAGGUACCAACAGUGUAGCUCCAGUACACAUAAAGCACUCCCUCCUGCCUGUCAUUUAUAUUAUUUUAUGAAUGAUGAUCCUGAUGAAUAAAUUUACAAAAUUUAAUUAGAGCAACCUUAAUAGGCUUACUGGAGAAUAAGAAUUUCAUUCAUAUACUCUCUUGGGGCAUUUUGGCCUUCAUCUUGGUUAGGGUUUCUCAGUAUUGGUCCUGUUAAUGUCUGGGUUGGAUAAUUCUUUGCCAUGGUGAGUUGUCUGGUACUCUGUGGGAUAUUUAGAACCUGCUGUGGUCUCUACGCAGAAGAAAUCAGUAGCAGCCACCAAAGUCAUGGUAAUCACAAAUGUCUUCAAGUAUUUGCAGGAUCCCCCUCAUACAGAAACCUCUGAUCUCAAGAUUCUUUUGUGACCAUGAAAGAGAGACAUAAAGAAUGAUCCAUGAUUUUUAAGCACUUUUCCUAAGGAAAUAGUCAUGUUGGAAGGUCUCGUCGCCUGGGUUCUCAACACCUAUUUAGGGAAAUAUGUCAAUAACCUGAACACUGAUCAGCUCUCAGUUGCUCUGCUCAAAGGUGCUGUGGAAUUAGAAAACUUGCCAUUAAAGAAAGAUGCCCUAAAAGAACUGGAAUUACCAUUUGAAGUCAAAGCUGGCUUCAUUGGCAAAGCCACGCUGCAGAUCCCCUUCUACCGCCCGCACGUGGACCCCUGGGUCAUCUCCAUCUCCGGCCUCCAUUUGAUUGGCGCCCCUGAGAAAGUCCAGGACUUCAACGAUGAAAAGGAGGAGCUGUUGGAAAGGGAGCGCAAGAAGGCGCUGCUGCAAGCCCUGGAGGAGAAGUGGAAGAACGAGCGCCAGCAGAAAGGAGAGUCGUACUGGUACUCAGUGACGGCCUCGGUGGUUACCAGGAUCGUGGAGAACAUUGAGUUAAAAAUUCAAGAUGUCCAUUUACGCUUUGAAGAUGGCGUCACCAAUCCUUCUCAUCCUUUUGCGUUCGGCGUCUGUAUUAAGAAUGUGUCCAUGCAGAAUGCUCUGAAUGAGCCCGUACAGAAACUGAUGCGGAAAAAACGAUUAGAUGUGGCAGAGUUUAGCAUCUACUGGGACGUCGAUUGCACCAUGCUGGGGGAUUUGCCGCAGGUGGAGUUACAGGAGGCCAUGGCAAAGAGCAUGGAGAGUCGCAGUCACCACUACAUCCUGGAGCCCGUGUGCACGUCUGCACUCCUGAAGAGAAACUGCUCCAAGGAGCCCCUGCGGUCCCGGCACAGCCCCCGCAUCGAGUGUGAUAUUCAGCUGGAGACCAUUCCCUUGACGCUGUCUCAGCUGCAAUAUAGGCAGAUCAUGGAAUUCCUCAAGGAGCUGGAGCGGAAGGAGAGACAGGUGAAGUUCCGGAAGUGGAAACCCAAAGUGGCGGUGUCUAAGAACUGCCGGGAGUGGUGGUAUUUUGCUCUGAAUGCCAACUUGUAUGAGAUCAGAGAGCAGCGGAAGCGCUGCACCUGGGACUUCCUGUUGCACCGAGCCCACGAUGCUGUGUUUUACACUGACAAAUACUUCAGCAAACUGAAAGGAGGCUUACUGUCUGCAGACGACAAGGACGAAAUGUGUCGGAUUGAGGAUGAGCAGAGUUUUGAGGAACUGAAGAUUCUGCGUGAACUGGUUCAUGAUCGCUUUUAUAAGCAGGAGGAGCUUGCAGAGAGUCUUCGGGAACCUCAGUUCGAUUCUCUGGGAGAGUCCCCCGGAGAUCCGGAAGGCAGUGGAGGCAGCGGGAUGCUGCAGUACCUUCAGUCCUGGUUCCCCGGCUGGGGUGGCUGGUACGGACAGCAGAGUCCUGAGGGCAGAGCCGUGGAGGGACUUUCGGCAGAGCAGCAGGAGCAGUGGACCCCUGAGGAGAUCCUGGGCACCGAGGAGUUUUUUGACCCCACUGCAGACGCCUCGUGCAUGAACACGUACACAAAGCGAGACCACGUGUUUGCCAAGCUGAACGUGCAGCUGCAGCGUGGCACAGUGACUCUGCUGCACAAGGAGCAAGGGACUCCUCAGAUGACUGAAAGGGCAUUCAUGCAGCUCGAGUUUUCAGAUGUAAAACUACUAGCAGAAUCUCUUCCUCGAAGAAAUUCCUCCUUGCUUUUAGUCCGGUUGGGCGGACUGUUUCUUCGAGACCUAGCUACGGAAGGGACUAUGUUUCCCCUUCUGGUCUUUCCUAAUCCGCAAAAAGAAGUCGGCAGAGUCUCACAGUCUUUUGGUCUCCAAACCACAUCAACAGACAGAAGUGACCAAUACCCUGCUGCAGACCCAGAAGACCCAGUUUUUGAGAUGCUGUAUGAGAGAAAUCCAGCACACAGUCAUUGUGAAAGACGGCUCAAUGUCAGCACAAGACCCUUGAACAUCAUCUAUAAUCCCCAGGCUAUUAAAAAAGUAGCAGACUUUUUCUACAAGGGAAAGGUUCAUACCUCAGGGUUUGGCUAUCAGUCUGAACUUGAACUGAGAGUGGCCAAGGCUGCCCGAAGACAGUAUAACAAGCUGAAGAUGCAGACCAAAGCAGAAAUCCGGCAGACACUCGAUCGCUUACUAGUGGGCGAUUUCAUUGAGGAAAGUAAGCGCUGGACCGUGCGACUGGACAUUUCUGCCCCUCAGGUGAUAUUUCCUGAUGAUUUCAAGUUCAAGAAUCCUGUGUUAGUUGUCGUGGACCUGGGAAGAAUACUGUUGACAAAUACCCAAGAGGACUCCAGGAGGAAAAGUGGGGACGGGUCAGCUUGUGAAGAGAAUCAGUUUAGCGAUGAUGAGUAUAAGACCCCGCUUGCCACCCCUCCCAACACCCCGCCUCCAGAGCCAGGCACCAGGAGCGGCGAGAAAACACCUCCCUUUUCCGGAGUUGAAUUUAGUGAGGAACAGCUCCAAGCACACUUGAUGAGUACAAAGAUGUAUGAGAGGUACUCGCUGUCGUUCAUGGACCUCCAGAUCAUGGUGGGACGCGUGAGGGACAACUGGAAGCAUGUUCAGGAUAUCGACGUGGGCCCUACCCACGUGGUAGAGAAAUUCAACGUCCACCUCCAGUUAGAGCGCAGGCUGAUUUACACUUCCGAUCCCAAAUACCCGGGGGCCGUGCUGUCAGGCAACUUACCAGACUUAAAAAUCCACAUCAACGAAGACAAGAUCUCUGCUCUGAAGAACUGCUUCGCCCUCCUUACCACCCCAGACAUGAAGACCUCGGACACUCUGAUUAAAGAGAAGAUCUUCCCCCAGGAGGAGCCUCGGGGCAGCUUGCAGGACUCAGUCAUGAACCUAACCCAGAGUAUCGUGAUGCUGGAGCAGCACACCCGCGAGGUGCUGGUGGAGUCGCAGCUGCUCCUGGCUGAGUUUAAAGUCAACUGCGUGCAGCUUGGCGUUGAGAGCAACGGCCGCUACAUCUCUGUGCUCAAGGUGUUCGGCACCAACGCGCACUUUGUGAAAAGGCCUUACGAUGCUGAAGUCUCUCUGACCGUCCACGGCUUGCUCCUGGUGGACACCAUGCAGACCUAUGGCACUGAUUUUGACCUUUUGAUGGCCUCACAUAAGAACCUGAGUUUUGAUAUUCCAACAGGAAGCCUCCGGGACAGCAGGGCGCAGUCUCCUGUUGCUGGACCUAGUGUGGCCAGUGUAACGGAGGUACCCAUCCCGAGUGACCCAUCAGUGACCAGUGUUUCUCUUGAAAAGAUUCUCACCAAAGAACAAGAGUCCCUUAUUAAAUUGGAGUAUCAGUUUGUGAGUUCAGAGUGCCCAUCCAUGAACUUAGACAGCACCCUUCAGGUGAUUUCCUUACAGGUAAAUAAUUUGGAUAUUAUCCUAAAUCCAGAGACAAUUGUGGAGCUGAUUGGUUUUUUGCAAAAAUCCUUCCCUAAGGAAAAGGAUGAUUUGAGUCCUCAGCCUUUAAUGACUGAUUUUGAAAGAAGCUUUAGAGAACAAGGAACAUAUCAGUCUACUUACGAACAGAACACUGAGGUUGCAGUAGAAAUCCACAGACUUAACUUACUGCUCCUUCGGACGGUGGGAAUGGCCAACGGAGAGAAAUACGGCAGGAAAAUUGCCACGGCCAGUAUAGGUGGCACCAAGGUGAAUGUCUCCAUGGGGAGCACCUUUGACAUGAACGGGUCUCUGGGGUGUUUGCAGCUUGUGGAUUUGACCCAAGAUAAUGCUAAGAACCAAUACGUUGUCAGUAUUGGAAAUUCCGUAGGCUACGAAAAUAUUGUCAGUGACAUUGGCUGCUUCGAAUCGGUGUUUGUCAGGAUGGAAGACGCAGCGCUUACUGAAGCUUUGAGUUUCACACUUGUUGAGAAAUCCAAACAGGAAUGUUUCCUUAACCUAAAGAUGGCUUCCCUGCAUUACAACCACUCUGCUAAAUUCCUGAAGGAGCUGACAUUGUCCAUGGAUGAGCUGGAGGAAAACUUUCGCAGCAUGCUGAAGAGCGCUGCCAGCAAAGUCACCACCGUGUUGGCUACCAAAACCGCUGAGUACAGCGAGAUGGUGUCCCUCUUCGAAACUCCCAGGAAGACGCGGGAGCCCUUUGUCUUGGAGGAGAGUGAAGUAUACGGGUUUGACCUGGCUUCGUCUCACGCCGACACUGUAAAGCUGAUCCUGAACAUAAACAUCGAGUCGCCCGUCGUCUCCAUCCCCCGGAAGCCUGGGAGUCCUGAGCUGUUGGUGGGACACUUGGGACAGAUAUUCAUCCAGAACUUUGUGGCAGGAGACGACGAGUCGCGAAGUGACCGUCUGCAGGUAGAAAUCAAGGACAUUAAGCUGUAUUCUUUGAAAUGCUCUCAGCUGGCAGGCAGAGAAGCCUCUGGGUCUGAAGUAAAUCGGCCCUUUUGCCCUCCCUCGGGGUCCGCCAGUGUCAGCAGUCAGGAGGAAGCUCACUUCACACGACACGAUUUCUUUGAAUCUUUGCACAGAGGUCAAGCUUUUCACAUCUUGAACAACACCACCAUUCAGUUUAAACUGGAGAAGAUCCCCAUUGAGAGAGAAUCUGAACUGACUUUCUCUCUGAGUCCAGAUGACCUGGGAACUGCUAGCAUCAUGAAGAUCGAAGGGAAAUUUGUCAAUCCGGUUCAGGUGGUGUUGGCCAAGCACGUCUAUGAGCAGGUUUUGCAAACACUGGACAACCUCGUGUAUAGUGAGGAUCUGAACAAGUUUCCGGCCAGCACUGCCUCCUCCCCCUGCCCUAGCUCUCCUCUGCCGGCCCUCAGGGCCUGCGGAGAGCCUGCUGUGGAGAGGAAGGAGAACGGACUGUUCAGCCACUCCAGCCUUUCCAGCGCUUCUCAGAGGUCUUUGUCCCUGAAGGAAGCCAAAGCCUUUACUCAGAUUCAGGCGAACUUUUGUAUAUCAGAGCUUCAGGUUCAGCUGAGUGGAGAUCUGACUCUGGGAGCCCAAGGUCUAGUGAGCUUAAAGUUUCAGGAUUUUGAGGUGGAAUUCAGUAAGGAUCACCCUCAGACCUUAUCCAUCCAGAUCGCCCUGCGGUCCCUGCUGAUGGAAGACUUGUUAGAGAAAAACCCAGAUUCCAAAUACAAGAACCUGAUGGUGUCUCGAGGCGCUCCCAAGCCGUCCAGCUUAGCGCAGAAAGAAUACCUGUCGCAGUCUUGCCCUUCGGUGUCCAACGUGGAGUAUCCCGAUAUGCCGCGGUCUCUCCCGUCCCACAUGGAGGAAGCUCCUAACGUCUUUCAGCUGUACCAGAGACCCACGUCUGCGUCCCGGAAGAAGCAAAAGGAAGUCCUGGACAAGGACUAUCCCUUGACGCCACCUCCUUCUCCAACAGUAGAUGAGCCCAAGGUACUUGCUGGAAAGAGUAAAUUUGAUGAUUCCUUGGUCCACAUCAAUGUGUUCUUGGUGGAUAAGAAACACCCAGAAUUCUCUUCCAGUUAUGAUCGUGUUAACCGAAGCAUUGACGUUGAUUUUAACUGCCUGGACGUGCUGAUCACCCUGCAAACCUGGGUUGUGAUAUUGGACUUCUUUGGAAUUGGCUCCACUGCAGACAACCACGCCCUGAAAGUCCUGCCAGAGGACACUGUGCAUAGUGUGAAGUCAGAGUCCAGCGCCUCAACAGGGCCUACCCUGCAGGACCCAGUUAACACUAAGCUGGACCUCAAGGUUCAUUCGCUCUCUCUCGUGCUGAACAAGACCACCAGCGAGCUUGCUAAAGCCAAUGUGUCCAAAUUAGCAGCACACCUGGAAAUGAUUGAGGGAGACCUGGCCUUGCAGGGCAGCAUUGGGAGUCUGUCUCUGAGUGACCUCACAUCCCAUGGAGAGUUCUACAGAGAACGCUUCACGACGAGCGGAGAAGAGGCGCUCAUCUUCCAGGCUUUUAAAUACGGGCAGCCCGACCCUCUGCUCCGGAGGGAGCACGACAUGCGGGUGAGCCUGCAGAUGGCCUCCGUGCAGUACGUGCACACGCAGCGCUUCCAGGCCGAGGUGGUGGCCUUCAUUCAGCACUUCACUCAGCUGCAGGACGUCCUGGGGCGCCAGCGAGCUGCUAUUGAGGGCCAGACGGUAAGAGAUCAAGCUCAGCGCUGUUCUCGGGUUCUCCUGGAUAUUGAGGCUGGUGCUCCUGUUCUUCUAAUCCCAGAAAGUUCCAGAUCAAAUAACCUGAUUGUAGCAAACUUGGGGAAGUUGAAAGUCAAGAACAAGUUUCUCUUCGCUGGUUUUCCUGGAACCUUUUCCUUACAAGACAAGGUUUUAUUUUGUGCUUUCCAGGAGUCUGUGCCUUCAGCUUCCCCAACGGGCACCCCCAAGCACACUGUGAGGAAAACGACAAGCACAGAGGACCCCAAGGGGCUGUUCAUGAUGCCCCCUGCUGAAAAGAGCCCGGGUAGCCUGAAGAGUGAGUUUGUGCCCAGCACCUCCACCAGGCAGCGAGGGCAGCAAGCUGUGCCACCUGUCGGCCACAGUUCCAGUAGUCCAGAAGACCACAUCUGCCUGCUGGACUGUAUUGUCGUGGACCUACAGGACAUGGACAUCUUUGCUGCAGAGAGACGCCCACGAGAGGACUCGAAAGCUUCCGAGGACAACAGUGGAGAUCUGAUCUUCCCCUCCUACUGUGUGCGACACACAGGCGGAAGCCUCUUGACUGAACCUUGUAGGCUGAAAUUGCAGGUGGAAAGAAAUUUGGACAAAGAAAUAAGUCACAGUGUUCCAGACAUAUCUAUCCACGGCAAUCUAUCUUCUGUCCACUGUUCCCUGGAUCUGUAUAAAUAUAAGCUGAUCCGAGGCUUGCUAGAGAACAACCUUGGGGAGCCCAUAGAGGAAUUUAUGCGGCCUUAUGAUUUACAGGAUCCAAGAAUUCAUACUAUUCUGAGUGGAGAAGUGUACACUUGCAUGUGCUUCCUCAUUGACAUGGUCAAUGUAAGUCUGGAGCUUAAAGAUCCAAAAGGAAAAGAAGGUGCUGGAUCCCUUGCCAGAUUUGACUUCAAGAAAUGUAAACUGCUCUAUGAAAGUUUUUCCAAUCAAACCAAGUCCAUUAACUUGGUUUCUCAUUCCAUGAUGGCUUUCGACACCCGCUACACCGGGCAGAAGACCAGCCCUGGCCCUGCCAAUGUGUUCAGCUGCAUAUUUCAGCCGUCCAAGAAUAGCAGCACCACCCAGGGGUCCAUUCAGAUUGAACUGCAUUUCAGAUCUACAAAAGAUUCCUCCAGCUUCACAGUAGUCCUCAACAAUCUCCGGGUGUUUCUCAUAUUUGACUGGCUACUGUUAGUCCACGAUUUUCUCCACACACCCAGUGAUAUUAAGAAACAAAGUGUUCCUCCUGCUCGCCACCGUAACUGCAGCAGCGAAUCUGUUGUCAUUCCCAAAACCGUGAAGAGUGGAGUGGUUACCAAGCGGUCUUCCCUUCCUGUGUCCAAUGAAAGGCACUUGGAGGUCAAGGUCAACGUCACAGGCACGGAGUUUGUGGUCGUUGAAGACGUGUCCUGCUUUGACACCAAUGCCGUUAUUCUGAAAGGCACCACGGUGCUCACCUACAAGCCCCGCUUUGCCGAUCGCCCGUUUUCAGGAAGUCUGUUUGGCAUUGAGGUGUUUUCGUGCCGACUGGGGAAUGAGCAGGACACCGCUCUUUCCAUUGUUGACCCGGUGCAAAUUCAAGUGGAGCUGGUGGGGAAUUCCUCUUACCAGAAUAGCUCCGGCUUGAUGGAUGCGUUCAAUAGCGAAGAUUUCCCUCCGGUCCUGGAGAUUCAGUUACAAACCCUGGAUAUCAGACUCUCCUAUAAUGAUGUUCAGCUGUUUCUUGCCAUUGCCAAAUCCAUCCCAGAGCAAGCGAAUGCUGCAGCGCCAGACUCAGCAGCCUUGGGGGCAGACUCUGCUAGCAGUCACCUUCCAGGUGCAUCUCACGUCGGAGAGGAGAGUGGGGAAGGGGCGAGACAUGCCUUAGAUCCUGUCCUGGAGUUACAGCUGGCCAGACUGCAGGAGCUGGGGUUCAGCAUGGAUGACUGUCGCAAAGCUCUCUUGGUGUGUCAAGGCCAAUUGAAAAAGGCAGCCAGUUGGUUGUUCAAGAAUGCAGAGCCGCUGAAAUCUCUUUCCCUGGCCGCUGGCAGCCGAGAGAGCCCAGGGGCCGUGUCAGCACCGAGGAUCUCGGGCGUGGAGAUCAGAGCCGAGAGCGUGUGCAUCUGCUUCAUUGAUGACUGCAUGGACUGUGACGUGCCUCUCGCUGAGCUCACCUUCUCCCGUCUGAACUUCCUUCAGCAUGUGAGAUCCAGUCCUGAAGGCUAUGCCCACUUCACCCUGUCUGGAGAUUACUAUAACCGUGCUCUGUCAGGCUGGGAACCAUUUAUUGAGCCAUGGCCAUGCUCUGUAUCCUGGCAACAACAGGCCGCGAGCCGGCUCCAUCCUCCUCGACUGAAGCUGGAGGCCAAGGCCAAACCCCGUUUGGAUAUCAACAUCACCUCUGUGCUUAUCGACCAGUAUGUAAGUACCAAGGAAUCCUGGCUGGCGGAUUACUGCAGAGAAGACAAGGAACCGGAUUCGACUCACUCGGAGGACUGGAUUGGCUCGUCAGUGGACCCUCCGUGCUUUGGGCAGAGCCUCCCCCUUGUCUACCUUAGAACUAGGAGCACAGCCAGUCUGACUAACCUAGAGCACCAGACCUAUGCUAGAGAGGUGAAAACCCCCAAGCGCCGGCAGCCAUUUGUCCCUUUUGCUCUGAGGAACCACACGGGGUGCACUUUGUGGUUUGCCACCCUGACCACCACGCCCACUAGGGCAGCGCUGUCGCACAGUGGGAGUCCAGGGGUGGUUCCCGAAGGCAACGGGGCUUUUCUGGGGGAAGCGCACAAUGUCAGCGAGUGGCGAGAAGUCCUCACCGGGGAAGAGAUUCCCUUCGAGUUUGAAGCCAGAGGAAAGUUGAGACACAGACACACCCACGACCUGCGCAUCCACCAGCUGCAAGUGAGAGUGAACGGCUGGGAGCAAGUGAGCCCGGUGUCGGUGGACAAAGUCGGGACCUUCUUCCGAUACGCAGCACCAGAUAAAAAUUCAUCUUCCUCUACGAUUGGCAGCCCAGGCAGCAGAACCAAUAUCAUACAUCCUCAGGUUUAUUUCUCCUCACUCCCACCUGUGCGGGUGGUCUUCGCGGUGACCAUGGAAGGCAGCGCUCGCAAGGUCAUCACUGUCCGAUCGGCUCUCAUGGUGAGGAACAGACUUGAGACACCAAUGGAACUGAGACUGGACAGCCCGUCAGCACCAGACAAGCCAGUGGUGCUUCCCGCUGUCAUGCCAGGGGACUCGUUUGCUGUGCCUUUACACCUCACUUCUUGGCGACUGCAGGCCCGGCCCAAAGGAUUGGGUGUGUUUUUCUGUAAGGCCCCGAUUCACUGGACCAACGUAGUGAAGGCGGCAGAGGUCAGUAGCAGCAAGCGAGAGUGCCACUCCAUGGACACGGAGAAGAGCCGCUUCUUCAGGUUUUGUGUGGCUAUAAAGAAAGAGAACUAUCCGGAUUAUAUGCCCUCCAGCAUAUUUUCUGACAGUGCAAAACAGAUCUUCAGACAGCCCGGGCACACCAUAUAUCUCCUGCCCACGGCGGUGGUCUGCAACCUGCUGCCUUGCGAGCUUGAUUUUUAUGUGAAAGGGAUGCCGAUCAACGGGACCCUGAAGCCUGGCAAAGAGGUGGCGCUCCACACGGCCGACACAUCCCAGAACAUCGAGCUAGGUGUGUCACUGGAGAACUUUCCUCUCUGCAAAGAGUUGUUGAUUCCACCUGGGACUCAGAACUACAUGGUGAGGAUGCGACUCUACGACGUCAACCGGCGGCAGCUAAACCUCACCAUCCGGAUUGUGUGCCGAGCAGAAGGGUCCUUAAAGAUCUUCAUUUCCGCCCCCUAUUGGCUCAUUAACAAAACAGGGUUACCACUGAUCUUCAGACAGGACAAUGCAAAGACAGAUACUGCCGGCCAGUUUGAGGAGCAUGAGUUGGCCCGAAGCCUGAGCCCUCUCUUAUUCUGCUAUGCUGACAAAGAGCAGCCAAACCUCUGUACGAUGAGAGUUGGAAGAGGGAUUCAUCCGGAAGGCAUGCCGGGCUGGUGUCAGGGCUUCUCCCUGGAUGGUGGUAGUGGUGUCCGAGCCUUAAAGGUCAUCCAGCAAGGAAACCGCCCGGGGCUGAUCUAUAACAUCGGUAUUGAUGUCAAGAAAGGCAGAGGUCGCUAUAUUGAUACCUGCAUGGUCGUCUUUGCCCCCCGCUACCUGUUAGACAAUAAAUCAUCUCACAAGCUCGCAUUUGCACAAAGGGAAUUUGCCCGGGGACAGGGAACAGCCAAUCCUGAAGGCUACAUUUCCACCCUGCCUGGCUCCAGCGUGGUGUUCCACUGGCCUCGCAAUGACUACGAUCAGCUGUUAUGUGUCAGAUUGAUGGAUGUUCCCAAUUGUAUUUGGUCUGGAGGCUUUGAAGUCAACAAAAAUAAUUCUUUCCAUAUCAAUAUGAGGGAUACCCUGGGGAAGUGCUUCUUCCUGCGAGUGGAAAUCACUCUCCGCGGAGCGACCUACAGGAUCUCCUUCAGUGACACGGAUCAGUUACCCCCUCCUUUCCGCAUUGACAACUUUUCUCAGGUCCCCGUGGUCUUCACGCAGCAUGGCGUGGCGGAACCCCGGCUCCGAACUGAAGUGAAGCCCAUGGUGUCCCUGGACUAUGCCUGGGACGAGCCCAGCCUGCCGCCAUUCAUCACCCUGACGGUGAAGGGGGCGGGCUCCUCCGAGGUCAGCUGCAACAUGAACGACUUCCAGGAUAACCGACAGCUUUAUUAUGAAAAUUUCAUUUACAUUGCCGCCACAUACACAUUCUCCGGUUUGCAUGAGGGAACAGGAAGACCUGUGGCCUCUAACAAGGCUGUUACCUGUGCAGAGCUCGUCUUGGAUGUCUCACCAAAGACUCAGCGCGUCAUCUUAAAGAAGAAGGAGCCAGGCAAGCGUUCUCAGCUCUGGAGGAUGACGGGAACAGGAAUGCUGGCCCACGAGGGCUCUGCGGUUCCUCACAAUCCCAACAAGCCCCCCGCCACCUGCUCCACCGAGGGCUCUGCCAUCCUAGACAUUGCUGGUCUUGCCGCAGUCACGGACAACAGAUAUGAGCCACUGAUGCUAAGGAAGCCUGACCGCAGGCGGAGCACGACCCAGACGUGGAGUUUCCGAGAAGGAAAACUGACCUGUGGCCUGCAUGGGUUGGUUGUCCAGGCUAAAGGAGGGCUUUCUGGUUUGUUUGAUGGAGCUGAAGUUGUUCUUGGUCCUGACACAUCUAUAGAACUUUUGGGGCCAGUUCCACCCGAGCAACAAUUUAUUAACCAAAAAAUGAGGCCUGGUUCUGGAAUGUUAUCCAUCAGAGUCAUCCCAGAUGGACCCACUAGAGUGCUCCAGAUAACAGAUUUCUGCCAGAGGAAAAGUGAUCGUUCAUCGUAUGAAGUGGAUGAACCUCCUGUUACUGAACAAGAGCUGCAGAAACUGAGGAAUCCAGAUACAGAGCAGGAAUUGGAAGUGCUUGUAAAGCUAGAAGGUGGAAUUGGUGUGUCCCUAAUUAAUAAAGUCCCAGAAGAAUUGGUUUUUGCCAGUCUUACAGGAAUCAAUGUCCACUACACACGGAUGGCAACGAGUCACAUGCUUGAACUCAGCAUACAGGACGUGCAGGUGGACAAUCAGCUCAUCGGCACCACGCAGCCCUUCAUGCUCUACGUGACUCCCCUGAGCAAUGAGAAUGAGGUUAUCGAGUCCGGCCCUGCCGUGCAGGUCAACGCGGUGAAGUUCCCCAGUAAGAGCACGCUGACCAACAUCUACAAGCAUCUCUUAGUCACGGCUCAGAGAUUCACAGUACAAAUUGAAGAGAAACUGCUCCUCAAACUGCUAAGUUUCUUUGGCUACGACCAAGCAGAGUCAGAGGUGGAAAAGUAUGACGAAAACCUCCAUGAAAAGACAGCCGAGCAGGGUGGGACACCGAUUCGGUACUACUUUGAGAAUCUCAAGAUCAGCAUCCCCCAGAUCAAGCUGAGUGUCUUCACCUCCAACAAGCUGCCACUGGACCUCAAGGCCCUAAAAAGCACCUUGGGAUUCCCAUUGAUUCGGUUUGAAGAUGCUGUGAUUAAUCUGGAUCCGUUCACUCGAGUACAUCCCUAUGAGACCAAGGAGUUCAUCAUCAAUGAUAUCCUCAAACAUUUCCAGGAGGAGCUCCUCAGCCAGGCAGCUCGGAUCCUAGGUUCAGUGGAUUUUCUUGGCAAUCCCAUGGGGCUUUUGAACGAUGUCUCUGAAGGAGUUACCGGCCUGAUAAAGUAUGGAAAUGUCGGGGGCCUUAUCAGAAAUGUUACACACGGCGUGUCCAACUCUGCUGCCAAGUUUGCAGGGACAUUGUCAGAUGGCUUGGGGAAGACAAUGGACAAUCGCCACCAAUCGGAGCGGGAGUACAUCAGGUACCACGCAGCUACCAGCGGGGAGCACCUGGUGGCCGGCAUCCACGGCCUGGCUCAUGGCAUCAUUGGUGGCCUGACCAGCGUCAUAACGUCAACAGUGGAAGGUGUGAAGACAGAAGGGGGUGUCAGUGGUUUCAUAUCUGGCUUCGGGAAGGGGCUCGUUGGCACCGUAACAAAGCCAGUGGCCGGCGCCCUGGAUUUUGCUUCGGAAACAGCGCAGGCGGUGAGAGACACAGCCACGCUCAGUGGCCCCAGGACGCAAGCACAGAGGGUUCGGAAACCGCGCUGCUGCACGGGCCCGCAGGGGCUGCUUCCCCGCUACUCCGCGAGCCAAGCCGAAGGACAGGAGCAGCUCUUCAGGCUCACGGACAACAUCCAAGAUGAGUUCUUCAUCGCCGUGGAGAACAUCGACAGCUACUCGGUGCUCAUCUCCUCCAAGGCCGUGUACUUCCUCAAGAGCGGCGACUACGUGGACCGGGAGGCCAUUUUCCUCGAGGUCAAAUACGAUGACCUCUACCACUGCCUCGUCUCCAAAGACCAUGGGAAGGUGUACGUGCAGGUGACCAAGAAAGCCACCAGCUCCAGCAGCGGCGUGUCCAUCCCGGGUCCAUCGCACCAAAAGCCGAUGGUCCACGUGAAGUCUGAGGUCCUGGCCAUCAAGUUAUCACAAGAAAUAAACUACGCAAAGAGCCUUUACUACGAACAGCAACUCAUGUUAAGACUCAGCGAAAAUCAGGAGCAGUUGGAGCUGGACUCAUGAGGAGUCCCAGCUCGGGGAGACUCCUGGGCACAGACCCCAUCAUGGGGGCACAGAUGCCACUGCCCUGGGCUCACGUUAGAGGAAAGCCAGAAAGAGAUUUGGGGGAGGCGGUUCCAAGGAGCAAGGGAAAGAUACAAAUGGAAACUGCAUUCACUGUGGGGCAGGGAGUUACUGUAAAUUAUGGGGAAAUCAUUUUUAAAAGGUAUCAGUUGAAUAACGUAAAAUGUACUGAAAUGAACCUAAUUUUUAGAUCGCCCUGUAUUUUGUUAACGUGUACAUAUGUACAGCUCUGUGUCUGUAAAUACAUAGCACUCUGAGCAGGGCUGGUCCACGUGUGAAGGCUCCUUCCUGUAAAGUGAUUCCCACCGUGCUGGACCUCCAAUCGCACUCACUCUGCGCGCCUCACUUGGGGACUCUGGACAGGCAUCCUUGCAAGCUGAAGUGUCACACUGGGGACUCACAGAUGCAGUAGCUGGCUGGCGAGAGGUCUGGGUUCAGGGGCGAGGCCUGGUGGCUUUCUGUCACCCAGAAGGAGCUGCCAGCUCGAGUGAGCAAAGGCAGAGCCACAGAGAGUGGUGGCAGCUGCUUCAUAGACAGUGCUUAGGUUGUCACGGAUGGUUUUCUAAGGUGUCUGUCCCUGUGGGUUUCCUGACCAGCCUCCCCCACCCAGAAGUAGGACUGUCCCCUUUCACGCACGCACACACACACACGCACACAUGUCAAUGUCACUUUUUUUCAUGCUGCUAUCAGGGACAUGUGAGACACUGGUGACACUGUUGAACCCAGGAAGGGUUGCUGAGCUGUCCUUUGGGACGUGUUCAAAGCCCCUGUGAGAAGGCCAUCUCCCUGUCCUGCCACCAGCACCAGGGCGGGGACCCCGGAGACUUGAGUUCUGAAUAAAGCCAUGUACUGAUAGCAUAGCUGCACGAUCCCAGGGACACGGUGGUGACACUGCCAUGAGGAGAGAGGGGAGCAGAGUGCUGGGCGGAGUGAGACGGGAACUGCGCAGCCAUGCCAUGGGCUCCCCGCGGAGCUGGGCGUGGCCCUGGUGUAAGCUCAGGUGUGAGCGCCUGAAAGCCUCACUCCAGGAUUGAGCGAGUCACCUUGUGACUCCAGGAGUUUUAUUUUAGUAAAAUACAUCAGUUCCUUCCACCUCUCAUACAUAGCUGAGCUCUAAGGUGACCCUGGGGAUCUGUGGAUAUGUAGAAGACCUUGAUGUCUGUAAUUCAGGAUGCAGAUUCUCUCAGGACACAGAAUGAAGCCCCUCUCCCCCGCUCUGGGUGUGCAGCCAGCAUCAGUCAGGGUCCCCAGGUAUCCAUGAUGGCUUGGCUGCCGUCUCUGGGGGAGAUGUACCAACAACUCAGAUCAGAACUAACCCUGUGACUUAGUUUUUCUAAAAGUGUCCCAUAAUGAAGUCCAUCUCCCCCCUCUAGGUGUGCACGCACAUGUGUGUGUGUGCAUUCGUACACACAGAGGGGAAGGAAAGGUGCUUCUUUGUGGACACCUGAGCCCCAGCGUGUUUCCCGGGAUGGGUGCCUUGAGCCCCAGGGUUUGCAUGAUUUUCACCUGGCUCUCACUCGGGGCCAGUGUAGAGUGGAGUGGGGUUGGGGUGGUCACUGAGUGGUUGCCAUGGUGACCUCAGCACUCCUGUGAGACCCGCAGCACAGGGCCACGUCUUAGCCCCCCAGCCUCCUCCCUGUGCCCCACAAGCCCAGUGUCUGAUUUUUGCCUCCAGUAGUCCACUGCCCGAGUCCUCGGUCUCUCCUGGAUGAGACUCGCAGAACCGCGUGCAUCCACAAGCACGCGGACAGGGUCAGGGACAGGGUCACCUGAAACGUCCCUCCUGGGUGAAGGGCCUCCCAUUCCUAAACAAAGCCAGCCCAGGGCCCAGCUGCAGGAAGGCGGUGAGGCUGCCCUGGCCUGGUGCUUUGGGGAGACCCAGGGGGUGUCCAGGGCCUCUACCCUCGCCUUUCUGGUUAAUCAGCACUUUAAAUCGUUGCCUAUCCGUUGAGGGCCUGCCACCUCCUGAUCAGCACCUCCGAGGGGCAGGUGUUAAAAGGACCAAAUGGGCCCCUGGCUGCUGCUCCCGGGCUCCUGCCCGCACCACUGUUUGCCAGGACAGCAUCCAGAGCGGCAGCAGAGCAGCCCCUGGCCCGGCUCCUUGAAUGCCCGGUGGUGCCCAGGACCUGGACAGGAUGAUUUCUGUCGAUUUUCAUGCUGCCUGCAAUACACAGUUCUUUUUCCAGGAAGAGAAAAUUAAUGGAAUGGGCUGGGGAUAAUAGCUCAGUGGCACAGCACCUGUCUGUCAGGUGCAAGGUUGUGAGUUCGAUCCCCAGUACCCCAGAAGGAAUAAAAAGAAAAUUAACAGAAUGUGUCAGGGCUGCUUCCGAAGAGGACUUCAGAAGCCAUCCCUGUCCCCUGGUCCAGCACAGCUGGGUGCCCUGAGCCAGUAGGCCAGCCUGGCAGUGUCCCCACCCUGUGCCUAGUGGAUGUCUGCCUCAGCUUUCAGAAGGCGGCAGGGCCCUUUGUUUUCAAGUGUCAUCAUGUGUGCCUCGAAACCCCCUGCCAGCUGCUCGAUGGGCCACUGAGAGUAAAGCUCAGGUGGGUCACUGUGUCCCCAGUGUGCCCAGACUCUGUAAUCUGGCUCUCGUGUCAGAGACGUCACUUUUCUUCCUGUGGAAUAAAAUGCAUUGCUGACG